AUGGGGAUCGAUUCCUUAAAGAUAGGAGGGAACGUUAUGCUGUUGUUUGAUCAGGGAACACCUCCAUCCAAGAACAAUACUGGGGAGGAUCUUUACAGUAACAUACUGUUGAGUACUUGCCAUGUUAAGAUUGCGACAGCUUGUUUGUUGCUGUCUUCAUGGAUGAUAUGGCUCACUGCUGUCGUACUUACCAUCCUCUCUUUUCGAAAUUCGGUUUCAGGAUGUUGUUGGAUUGACUAUUUUGUCUUCCUCGUACUAUUCCUCUAUGGUCUCAUUCUGGUUUUGUCAACCUUUGGAUGGAUGUGCGGUUCACCCUCCCUUUGCACUCUAUUGGUGGUGCCACCAGUUUGUUGCGGCGGAGCGAUCAGUGGUUUGGUGAUCAACUACUGGACUUCUGAAAGGGUGAUGGGGGUGGAGUACUGUCUGACAUCUCCAACAAUUCUUGGAUUUCUUUCGGUAUGGGUAUUUGUCGCAUACGCAGUUCUAAUAAUCACAAAAUACUGUAAAUAUUUGCACGGACUUCACGCCUUAAAACGACGUCGUAGUCGUUUCAACGUUGACGUAUUCAAUGAACGAGUCUUUGGCACUCCUCCUCUGAAGGAAUUCAAUCGUAUGGAAUUUGCCCGAUGCGCCAAUCUAUCCGAAUCUCCAAUCGAUGACAUUUUUGGUGAUUACGAGCCGAAUGUUGCUCUUUACUGA